AUGCUCUGGGCACUCUGGCCAAGGUGGCUGGCUGGCAAGGGGCUGCCCCUCCUGGGGGCAGUGCUGCUGUGGAAGAGAGAGAAGAGGGGUCCUCGGUGGCCGCGGCAGGAAACCCACCCAUACUAUGACCUCCAGGUGAAGGUGCUGAGGGCCAGAAAGAUCCGGCGCGCAGACCUGUUGUCCAAAGCCGACUGCUACGUACAACUGUGGCUGCCCACGGCGUCCCCCAGUCCUGCCCAGACAAGAACAGUGGCCAACUGCAGUGACCCCGAGUGGAACGAGACCUUCCACUACCAGAUCCAUGGCGCUGUGAAGAACGUCCUGGAGCUCACCCUCUAUGACAAGGAUGUCCUGGGCAGCGACCAGCUCUCCCUGCUCCUGUUUGACCUGAGGAGCCUCAAGUGUGGCCAACCCCACAGACACACCUUCCCGCUUGACCACCAGGAUUCACAAGAGCUGCAGGUGGAAUUUGUUCUGGAGCAGAGCCAGGUGCCUGCGUCUGAAGUCAUCACCAAUGGGGUCCUGGUGGCUCACCCCUGUCUGAGAGUCCAGGGCACCCUCUGGGGAGAUGGGACGGCCCUGCAUCGAGAGUACGGCUCUAGGCAGCUCCAGCUGGCAGUGCCCGGGGCCUAUGAGAAGCCACAGCUCUUACCCCUGCAGCCUCCUGUGGAGCCAGGCCUCCCACCCACCUUUACCUUCCACGUGAACCCGGUGCUGAGUUCCAGGCUAGAUGUGGAGUUGGGGGAGAAGCUCACGGUUCUGCAGAGUGGCCCGAAUGCGGAGCCAGAGGCUCAGAGCAGCAAGCUGGGCAAGGGAGGCAUCCCGCUGUCCUCUCUGCCCAUAGGCCGGGAGGAGCAGCGCUUCGUGGUCCUAGGGGAGGGCCAGGAGGUGGCUCUGAGUGUGAAGGUGGAAAUGAGCUCUGGGGACCUGGACCUGCGCCUUGGCUUUGACCUCAGUGACGGGGAACAGGAGUUUCUGGACAAGAGGAAGCAGAUUGUGUCCAAGGCCCUGCAGCAGGUGCUCGGAUUAAGUGAGGCUCCAGAGACUGGCCAGGUGCCUGUGGUGGCCGUGUUGGGUUCCGGGGGUGGAACCCGAGCCAUGUCUUCCCUGUACGGCAGCCUGGCAGGGCUGCAGGAGCUCGGCCUGCUGGACACUGUGACCUACCUGAGCGGGGUGUCUGGGUCCACCUGGUGCAUCUCCACACUCUACAAGGACCUGGCCUGGUCCCAGGUGGCCUUGCAGGGCCCCAUUGAGCGUGCCCAGGCUCGGGUUUGCAGCAGUAAGCUGGGGGCAAUGUCCACAGAGCAGCUGCAAUACUACACUCAGGAACUGGGGGUCCGGGAGCGCAGCGGCCAAAGCGUGUCCCUCAUCGACCUCUGGGGCCUCCUCGUGGAGUAUUUCCUGUAUCAGGAGAAAAACCCCACCAAGCUGUCUGACCAGCAGGAGGCAGUCAGCCAGGGUCAGAACCCGUACCCCAUCUAUGCCAGUGUCAACGUCCACACCAACAUCAGUGGGGAAGACUUUGCAGAGUGGUGUGAGUUCACCCCCCACGAGGUCGGCUUUCCCAAGUACGGGGCUUAUGUUCCCACGGAGCUCUUCGGCUCGGAGUUCUUCAUGGGACGACUGCUGCAGCUGCAGCCUGAGCCCCGGAUUUGCUACCUGCAGGGAGUGUGGGGCAGCGCCUUCGCAGCCAGCCUGGACGAGAUCUUCUUGAAGACCUCGGGCUCUGGCCUGGGCUUCCUGGCGUGGCACAGAGGCAGUGUAAACAUCACAGACGACUGCCAGAAGCUCCAGCUGCACGACCCAGCGCGGCUGCGAACGAGGCUCUUCAUGCCCCAGGGCCCCUUCUCCCAGGCCGUGCUGGACCUGUUCACCUCCCGCUUCACUUCCGCCCAGAACUUUAACUUCACCCGGGGCCUCUGUCUGCACAAGGACUACGUGGCUAGCAGAGAGUUCGUGGCCUGGAAAGACACACACCCGGACGCCUUCCCCAACCAGCUGACUCCCAUGCGGGACUGCCUGUACCUGGUGGACGGAGGCUUCGCCAUCAACUCUCCGUUCCCACUGGCUCUGCUGCCCCAGAGAGCGGUGGACCUCAUUCUGUCCUUUGACUACUCCUUGGAAGCCCCUUUUGAGGUCUUACAGAUGACAGAGAAGUACUGCCAGGACCGAGGAAUCCCCUUCCCUCGGAUAGAGGUGGGCCCUGAGGACUUGGAGGAGCCCCGCGAGUGCUAUCUGUUUGCCAAGGCUGAUGACCCCCGCUCGCCCAUUGUGCUACAUUUCCCCCUUGUCAACCGUACCUUUCGAACACACCUGGCCCCAGGUGUGGAGCGGCAAACAGCUGAGGAGAGGGCCUUUGGGGACUUUGUUAUCAACGGGCCAGAUACCCCCUACGGCAUGAUGAACUUCACCUAUGAGCCCCGGGACUUCGAUUGGCUGGUGGCCCUGAGUCGAUACAACGUUCUGAACAACAUGGAGACUGUGAGGCACGCCCUCCAGCUGGCUCUGGACCGGCAUCAGGCUGGGGAGAGGGCUGGGGGCUGA